AUGCACAAGCAUUUUCGAAUGGUCGCCAUAUCGGAAUUCAUGAAAAGCCAGGGCUAUGCGCCUUCGCAUGCCGAACACACGCGAAUACCGGGAAUAUGGAAAAAGUUAGGGACAUUAUACAAUCUGCCAGCGCUUGAUGAGAGGGAAGACUCUCUCAUAACGGACGUUUCCGAUGACGUCGACGGGAGGGAAGUAUAUUGUCCAUUCGAACUUCCCGAGGAUGAAUACGGCGAUUUGAUGUUCGAAAGAAGGCUAGCAAUGGAAGGAUCGCCGUCUCCCGCUCCUAGUGGUCAUCCAGAGUCGAGGAGAGGUAGCACCGUAGCUGACACAGACGAGCCGCGCUCAUCACCAGUUCCCACUCGAGGAAGAAAGCCCGGCCGCGGCCGUCCCGCUGGACGGGGCACGCGGUCAUCGCGUCUCCAAGUCAAGGUCGAGUCCCGGCAGGAAAGCUCCGAAAUAGAAGACGAAGAUGCGGAAUCGGAGGAAGAGAAUGAAGAGAGCGAAGAGGAGUCCAGCGACGCAAAGGAUGAAAGCGAGGAGGAGGAUGCAGAUGGGGAUACUGGCAGCUCGCCAAAUGGCCGGAGCACGCGGGCUCGAACAACUACAUCCAGGCGAGGGCGUCGAAGAGGAGGCGGCGCCUCAAGAAGGGGUCGACGGCGACAGAAUUGA